UUUAGAUAAUUAGUGAAAUGAUUAACAAAACAAUAAGCAUCUUCAACACUCACAAUCAAAUAAACAAAUUAUUUUGGUUUCCUCUCAGCAUAACAAUCUACUCAGUUUAUUCAGGUAACUUUAUCAAGGCCAAAAUAAAUGAAAACCAUAGCAAAGGUAAAAUGAUUUGAGUAAAACAGAGCACUAAAGUUAAACUUGUACCUUAAUAUAUUAAUAAGUAAUAGUUUUCAACAAUUUCAAUUUAAAGAAAAACAAUGAGUUUAAAUUUUCGUUUGAAUCUCAGUUCUUUCCUGUCCAUCAUCAUUUUCAUGGGACUUAUGUCAUCAUUAUCCUUUCAGUACCCUGAUGAUGGUAAUCAUAAUGAUGACCGUUAUGUUGGCUUUGGUCCCAGCAGGGCUUUUCCUGUUGGUUCUCAUAAUAUUGGUACUGGUGGUCCCACCUACGCUGGCCCUUUUAAUGGCGAUUUAGGUGGUUUUGAUGCAAGCCCUGGUCCCGCUGGUGUUGAUAAUAGUGUUGGUCAAGUGGGUUAUGUUACUAAUCGUGUUGUUGAAGCUAGUCCUCGUGUUGCUGUUGAUAACGCGAUUUCAGGACUUUCGUCACCUGAAGCUUCUUCUAGGACUUCAUCAGCAAUAAGCAGCCUCAUAUCAAAUGGUCAGAUUAGUAUAAAUACUCUUCCCGUUACUAUAAGUAACCUAACUAGCUUGAUAACCUCAUCUAGUCCUUGAAAAAGUUCCAGUAAAGAUUGGGUCCUGGUCUUAUUGGAGGCAAUCAGUGAGUUGGAGCAUAUAUUAACUAGCGCAAGCAUAACUCCAACAACCAAAUAUCUGUCUAUGAAUCUGGA